AUGCACAGGGCGGGCGCUCAUCUGGCGGGGACGGGCGCUGGGCAGGCAAGCGCGUACGGGGUGGAGGCUGGCGGCGCGCAGGGCGGGCGGGCGGGCGUCAUCGGGCGGGUGCGGUCGGCACGCGGGGCGGGAGGGCGCGCACGGGGCGGGGGCAGGCGGCGCGUGGAGUGGGCGGGCGCGCACGGGGCUGGGGCCGACCACGUGCGGGGAAGGCGGGCGCGCAUGGGGUGGGGGUCGGCCACGGGUGGGGCGGGCGGGCUCGUUCGGGGCGGAAGCCGGCCGCGCGUGGGGAGGGCGGGCGGGCGCAAACGGGGCAGGGCCCGGCCGUGCGCAGGGCAGGUGGGCGCGCGCACGGGGCGGGCGCCAGCCAUGCGGGGGGCGGGCAAGCGUGCACGGGGCGGGGGCCGGCCGCGCGUUCUUACUGCUGGUCGCGGGGCGGGCGGGGGCCGGUCGCAUGCUGUUAUUGCUCAUUGCGCGAUUUACUGCUACUGGCAAAACGUUCACAAUGUUUGGAUCCAUCACCGAUAUAGCUCUUCAUGA